AUGCGAAGACCCGACUACGUCUUCCCGCCCUUGCCAUUCAGGCCAACCAACAUCAUGAUCGGAUGGUAUGACCACUAUCUCCCCCGCGACAGGCUCAUUGAGCCGACGCGACACGACCAAUGUGAUGACUUCAAGUUUUUGAGCUGUAAUUCAGCUCGGAAUGUACGAUAUGAUGGCAAUUACUUCCCCAACGGCUGGACGGUUGGACUAGCACAACCUGAAGACUCCGAGCUGUUGAAUCUGGACGCAAAUAUUUUACCUAUCUCGACAGCCGCAUUUAAAACCCAGAACUUGCUUUGCGAUUCAACCUUUGAGCAAUUGCAAUGGACUGGCCAAGAGAAUUCAAGUCCGGACAGUGGCUUUGCUAAAACACCCUUUUCUGGCACUGCCUACUUUCCCAACUCGGUUGGCUACUUGCCUAACUUGGAGGAAGACCCCUUCGGUGCUUUCAAUUUCCACUGUGCGUUUGGGAAAUACGACGACACUGCCAACUCGGAACCUUCGACUUCUUCCACCGGCAGCCAGCAGCUGUCGUCGCCUCCACCUGACUUGGAUGCUCUCCCCGGGACAGCGCCCGUGAGCUAUAACACUUGGGAUACGUUUCUCGGACAAAAUGAAGACCCAUGGGUGAAGUUCACCAAUGAAGAGAGGGAAGAGACCUUACGUGAACUAUCACAAGAGAUGCAUAUGGAUAUGUCGCAGCAGUCUUCCAGUCUAAUGUCAACGAUUGCACAAGAUCAAGAGCAACAGCUUCCCUCUAUCAACCGUUGA